UACUCGAUGCAUUGCUGUUGUCAUCACCAUAUAACACGUAUUGUGCGGUUUGCAACUUAUGCGAGAAAUUACUGUUUUCAUUAAAGAAUAAUCAUUAUACUUUGCAUUCCGUGGAAAAAAUUAUUUGGGAAAAGUGGCGGCUUUGUAAGCCCAUAUUUAAACAAUUAAAGUGAAAGAUAAAAAUUGUUAAGGUGAAUGUGCAAUUUGUCUUUUCGUGCACCUAAUUAAGUAAAAACCCGAUUAUUAUUGGAAAGGCGAUGAAAUUUUGGAUUUUUCUAUACAAAAUUGUUAACGAUGAACGAGUCAUCGCAAUGAUGGAGGUGUUUGUGGAUGCUAGAGUAGUUAAAAGCAACAGGGGAAUUGAGAUGGACUAUUGGUGCAGCGCCAUGAAAAUUUUUUUUGUAAUGACAGUUUACAAGCAUACAACCAGUUGUAAGAAAGGGACGAAUAAUGCGCCACAAACGAUAAAAACAAUGUGGGUGCUAAAGGUUGCAGUGUAUGUUAGAGAAAGAUGGCAUGUUGUGUUGGGUGGGUGACAUUUGCUUAGCUGGGUAUUUCAGUGCUGCCAAAUCUGAGUGUUCGAAAGAAAGUGCAUUUUUCAAUUUGCUGUUCGCGAAAUCUGUAAAAACGUAAAAUCGCUGCAAAGGCAAAGUCAAAGUAAUAAUUUGUGUUAAAUUAUGAAGAAAAACUAAUACAGGAAUCGACACCCCAAAACAACACCUGACAACAUCGGCCGUCCCUUUUGCGUAAAGGUUUGAACGAACUGCAGCUGCAAAUCUAAUUACAAUCCAAACAUUCGCACCGAAACGAACAAAUAAUUACAACAAUACAAAGAAAUACUAUUAAAGAAAACAAAAAGAAAGAAAAACAACAAUAAUAAUAAUAAUCAACUGCGACAACAACAACAUACAAUAUUAGGCGCAAGUUAUAAAGUUAUAACACAAAAAUUUGUGACUACAGCAACGUGGGAAGCGGCAGUAAGCUCAUAGAAAUCGGUUGGCAAGUGAAGCAACAACACAACCAACACCAAAAAAGCAUACCAAUACAAAAGCAGCAAGAACAACAGCAACAAGAUGGCAACAACUGCACGUAGCGGUGGCAAUGCCAGUGGCAGCACAGCUCAGCGCCCCAACGGUACACAGCAAAAUAAGAAUUGCCAAUUUAAAUUGGUGCUAUUGGGCGAAUCGGCGGUGGGCAAAUCAUCGCUGGUGCUACGUUUCGUUAAAGGGCAAUUUCACGAAUAUCAAGAGAGUACGAUAGGCGCUGCAUUUCUAACACAAACCAUCUGCAUAGAGGAUACGGUGGUAAAAUUUGAAAUUUGGGAUACGGCCGGUCAAGAACGAUAUCACAGCUUAGCUCCUAUGUACUAUCGUGGUGCCCAAGCCGCCAUUGUAGUGUACGAUAUACAAAAUCAAGACAGUUUUCAGCGUGCAAAAACCUGGGUCAAGGAACUGCAUAAACAAGCAUCGCCGAACAUUGUUAUUGCCCUGGCUGGCAAUAAAGCGGAUUUAUCAAAUAUACGUGUUGUAGAAUACGAAGAAGCAAAGCAAUAUGCCGAAGAGAACGGUCUACUCUUUAUGGAAACCUCGGCAAAAACGGGAAUGAAUGUGAAUGAUAUAUUCUUAGCAAUUGCUAAGAAAUUACCUAAAAACGAUGGAGCACACAAUCAAGGCGCUCCUGUGGGUAGAAGGCUGAAUGAAAAUGAAAAUAACCGACAAACAAACAAUUGCUGCAAGUGAUGUCCUUUUGUAGAUAUUUACUAUUAUCUACUUGCAGAAAAUGAAAUUUCCAAUGAGAGAUUUGAAAAAUUUAUGCUGAUAAUUAUAAAUAAAAAAAUAAAUAUAUAAAUUACAUAAAAAACAAGAAAC